AUGAAGACCCUCCUGCUGUUGGCAGUGAUCAUGGCCUUUGGCCUGCUGCAGGUCCGUGGAGACUUGCUGGGUUUUCGGAAAAUGAUCCAGUAUACGACAGGAAAGGAACCUGUGUCCACUUAUGGCUUCUAUGGUUGCUACUGUGGCCUGGGUGGCAAAGGGUCCCCCAAGGAUGCAACAGAUCGGUGCUGCAUGGCGCAUGACUGUUGCUACAGACGUCUGAAGACAAUCGGCUGCGGCACCAUGUUACUGAGUUACAAGUUUGCUUACCUCUGGGGCCAAAUCAUUUGUGACAAACAGGAAUACUGUAGGAGAGAACUGUGUCAGUGUGAUAAAAAAGCUGCCGAUUGUUUUGCAAGAAACCAGAAGACCUAUAAUAAAAGGCUUCAAUACUAUAGUAACCUGCUGUGCAGUGGGAGUGCCCCCAAGUGCUGA